GCCGAUUCCGAGUGUCUAUAGCCGUACAGAUUCUCCGAUUGUAUUCCUCUCAGCUUUAACGCUCCUGGGCUGGUCCCCGUCGAAAAAAUGAACAGACUGGGACAACUAGCGAACAGCAGCCGGGGUGACACACCCGAGCCUGGGUUGCAACAGGGACAUCGAAAUACUUUUGGGACCUCUCAUGGCCGCACAGUGAACGUUCAGUUACUGGACGACGAAGGCGAUCUGACUCUCGAGUUCGAGACGUGUCUUGCGUUUAUCUUCAGCAAGUACUGUACUCCAGAACCUACGACCCAGCCCUUAGAUUGGCUUUCUGCCUCUGGCCCCGAUCGUCCCGCCCCGCCACCCCUCGAUUGGAUUCAGAAAGGCGCCUACAUCUCCGACGAAGCUCUCGAUCGAUGGGCCAUCGAUACCAACGGAGCCCCCCUGUCUGAAGCCGUUAAAGAAGAGAUCAAGGACAGUAUUGAUACUGACGACGAUGGCCACCUCACUUUCGCGGGAAUGUUGCAGAUAUAUCAACUCCAGACAUCAAUGGACGAGGAAGAGACCUGGCGAGAUCUUGCCAGUCAUGGAUUUGAUCGCAAUCUGGAACUCGCCCCCACUCGACGCGAAGAUUUGCAGGAACCCCCGGCAGACGAGCAUGCGCCGCGUGAGGAUAACGAAAUACAUAAUCCAGAGAACACCGCGUAGAACAGUGGCACUGGCCCAAGGAAGUGAUACCUGCUACCACGAUUACCCAGUUUUACGAUCUACCACGAGCCCGACCCAGGAGAUUAGAGGGAUUUUACACAUUAGCAACAUCAUAACGAGUACAGCCCGUAACAAAUGACAACAUGAGA